UGCGGUCACUCCGGACACUUUUCACAAGCAGUUUAUGCGGAAUAAUAAUUGUCAAAAAAAAAACGUGCAACUGUUUUAAAUGUCUACUUUUCAUAAUUUAAGUUAAUAAUAAUAAAUAGUUCUUUUAAAUCUGAAAAUGGCUGAAGUUGGUUGGGAUGAUGUUACUUACUUGCGUAAGAAGACUGUAAAAGCUUCAGAAGCAAGAUCAUCUAAAGCUAUUAACUCAGCUAUGCGAAGUGGCACUGAAAUUGAAACUUCAAAAAAAUUUGGUGGUGGAGGUAAUAAGCAACAUAUGGGGUCUCGUGAUACUUCAGCUGUAUGUAGGGAUACUGAAGAGUUAAAAGUGGAAACCGUACCACUUGAAGUUGGCAAAUUAAUUCAAAAAGGCCGUUUAGCUAAAGAAUUGACACAAAAAGAUCUUGCAACAAAAAUUAACGAAAAGCCACAAGUAAUUAAUGAUUAUGAAGCAGGCAGAGCAAUACCAAAUAAUCAGAUACUCAGCAAAAUUGAAAGAGUUAUAGAAAUAAAGUUGCGUGGUGCAGAAAAAGGACAACCGUUUGGUCCCAAAAAAGCACAGAAAUAAAGUUUUAAUCAA